CGCCGUGGGGCCGGCGGGGCUGGAAGUCCUUCCACACCGUGCUGAGGGGCACGCUGCUCUACUUCCUCAAAGCGGGCGCUGCCCCACGCGGCCCCGACCCCGCGGCCGAGGCCGAGGAGCCCCUGGGCAUCCACCAUGCGCUGGCCGAGCGCGCCAGCAAGUACACCAAGCGGCCGCACGUCUUCCGCCUGCAGACGGCCGACCGCCGCGUCCUGCUCUUCCAGGCAUCGAGCGAGGAGGACAUGACCUCGUGGAUCUCCCGCCUCAACCUGGCCGCCGCCCUCCUCUCCUCGCCGCCGUUCCCCGCCGCCGUGGGCUCCCAGCGCCGCUUGGCGCGGCCCAUCCUGCCCGCCACCCCCAGCCGCUGCCCGCCC